AUGGCUGCUUUGGGACACACAUUCCCCUUCUAUGCUGGCCCCAAGCCAAUCUUCCCAAUGGACACCACCUUGGCCAUCAUCAUCACCAUCUUUCUGAUGGCACUGGUCACCUUCAUCAUCAUCCUGCCUGGCAUCCGGGGCAAGAUGAGGCUGUUCUGGCUGCUUCGGGUGGUGACCAGCUUAUUCAUCGGGGCUGUGAUUCUGGCUGUGAAUUUCAGUUCUGAAUGGUCAGUGGGCCAGGUCAGCACCAAUACAUCGUACAAGGCCUUCAGCUCGGAGUGGAUCAGUGCUGAUGUCGGGCUGCAGGUUGGCCUGGGAGGACUCAACAUCACUCUCAAAGGGACCCCAGUGCAGCAGCUGAAUGAGACUAUCAAUUAUAAUGAAGAGUUCACCUGGCGCCUGGGUGAGAACUAUGCUAAGGAAUAUGCAAAGGCACUGGAGAAGGGGCUGCCGGACCCUGUGCUCUACCUGGCGGAGAAGUUCACCCCAAGCAGCCCAUGUGGCCUACACCGCCGAUACCGCCUGGCAGGACACUACACCUCAGCCAUACUGUGGGUGGCAUUUCUCUGCUGGCUGCUGACCAAUGUGAUGUUGUCCAUGCCCGUGCUGGUCUAUGGUAGCCACAUGCUGCUGGCCACUGGGUGUUUUCAGCUAUUGGCCCUGUUCUUCUUCUCCAUGGCCACUUCCUUCACGUCACCCUGUCUCCUGCGCCUGGGCACUGCCACACUGCACACUCACUGUGGGCCGGCCUUCUGGAUCACACUGGCCACAGGACUUCUGUGUGUGCUGUUGGGCCUGGCCAUGGCGGUGGCCCACAGAAUGCAGCCCAACAGGCUGAAGGCUUUCUUCAACCAGAAUGCAAGGGAGGACAUCGUGCUGCAGUGGACUCCGGAGAAAGGGGGACUCCUGAGCCCUCGCUAUCGACCUAUGGCUGAGAGUUUGAAGACUGAGGACAUCCCUCUGUCAGAGGCUUCCUCUGAGGUGUGUUGUCAGGGGGAGCACCCCAAGGAGCCUGAGUGUAGACUGUAG